GGAAAAAGUUUUACGCUACUUUCAGAAUGGAGUUUGAGUUAAUCUAUACGGAAGUUUUCAAAAUAUAACUUACAAACAAAAAAUGAUUCUUCCUGUGAAAACUGCAUCUGUAUAUGUUUAUACGACUUUUAUGAUGUUUUUUAGCCGAUUCUUCGCAAAUAAGUGAAUGAUAGUGAAUACAAUGUCCCUGGUAUUGUUUUGUUAUUCCAUUCCAGAUGUGCAAUAUCGUACAAAAUGAUAACAAUAAAACUGCGAAAAGCUACUUUAAGAAGGUUUAGCGUGAAAAUCAAGAUGGGAGUCGGUAGAAGCAAGCAGAAGACGAGAGAUGAUCUUAAGUCUCAGAUACAGGAAUUCAAUUCCCGUCUACAGACGGCACUGAUUGGUUGCAACCAAGCGAAAACCACAUUCGUGACUUUGUCUGAUAUGUGGUGCAACAGUCGUCAAGAAGUUCUCCUCACUUUACAAUCAGUGGCGGAAGAGAUCGACAGGCACCACUACAACGUAAACAUUGCCAGUCUCACUGGAACUACCUCCAGCAUAGCAGGAGGAACUGCAGCCAUUGGUGGCCUGAUUCUGUCACCUUUCAGUGGAGGUUUAUCUUUAGCUCUGUCUGCUGGCGGUUUAUUCGGAACAGUAGCUGGAUCGGCCACAACAUUGGGUGCUAAUAUCGCUGAAGCGUACCUUACAAAAGAACUUACAGAUCGAGCUUCCAAAGUAUUGGAGACAGACGCCUUCUACACAAAAGCUUUAAGCGAAGCAUUUAGAGAGAUCGUUCUUCACGAACAAGAGGUGAUUGCCAUCCUUGCCGAACUGAAGAAUGAGACCCUGCUAGAAGACUUGGAGAAAGUACUGAGGAAUUCUCCAUGCUGCGACGAGAUCAAAAAGCGCUUCUCACAUUUGAAAGACGGGGCCAACUCGCUAGAGGACAUUUUAGUGCUUGUGAAAUGUCUAUACCCAGAGGAUCACCUAUUCUUGCAACAACUGAAUAAGACAGACAAUUUGUUUGGAAACGCCCCGACGCUAACGUCAACAUUGAUAUCUUCAUCAGAUUUCUUCCAGGUAGGUAAUAAACUUUAUGCAGGCCUUGAUUAUUGGCUUGAUACAAAGAGCUUGGCUUAUGAUUUUAGGGCAUAA